UACGGUAUUAUCACAAACGGAUAGAUAGAGUUAUAGAAUAUACAGAUAUUUACUCCUCCCUUCGCUGGAUAUUUUUCUUUCACUUUUGAUUAACGGAAAAAAACUAACACCGUUUUACCGUCGAAAACCCAUGGCGACGGCGAAUAAUCCCGUUACCGAUUCCGAGUACGAGUCCGACUCGGACUCAGCCGUUAGGCCCGCUUCUGACGUCACCACCAGCUCUACUACCCCUUCUUCAAACGCCGUCGUUUCCGCUUCCCCUCCGUUCACUGCUCCCACCGUUUGCCUCCUCCGCUUCGCCGCAGACUCCGCCAGUGGCGCAUUGUUGGGCUCCAUCUUUGGCUAUGGUUCUGGAUUGGUUAAGAAGAAAGGGUUUAAAGGAUCCUUUGCAGAAGGUGGAUCUUUUGCAAAGACAUUUGCAGCUUUGUCUGGUGUUCAUAGUUUGGUUGUAUGUAUCUUGAAGCAACUUCGUGGAAAGGAUGAUGUCAUUAAUGCUGGGGUAGCUGGAUGUUGCACUGGCCUUGCUCUAAGUUUUCCAGGUGCACCACAAGCUCUUUUGCAGAGCUGCGUCACUUUUGGGGCAUUUUCUUUUAUCCUCGAAGGGCUAAACAAGCAGCAACCGGCAAUAGCUUUUCCCAUUUCAACGAAAUCAAGCACACAAAACAAUAUACGUUCUCCGUUGUCACUCCACCUUCAGUUUCCUCUUCCAGAUGAAAUGAGGAGUGCCUUCUCCAAUUUCUAUGAAUCUCUUAGAAAACGCGGAAAAGGAACUUUCCCUACAUUAUAAUUUUUUCACCCCUUUUUUUUCGACAUAGUAACAAGGACCAUGACUUCUGUACAUUGCUCAUUGAGUGUCAAAUGCUGCAUCAUGGUUGUAUCUUGUACUUCAUUUGUGCUUAGUUUGAAGGUUUGUGCUAUAAUAAAAGGGUAGAGGAUGAUUGGUUGACUCAGUGCAUAUGCUGACUCAAAUGUUGGCGCCAUGAUUGAGUUAGAAAGUUUUGUGUAGGAAGGUCUGCCAUUAUUUGUAGGCAAUGAUGCCGUUUGUGUUUUAUUUGUAAUUGUAAUUUGUACUAUCUUUUAGCAGUCAAAAUUUCCCGGUGUUUUUGCCUUUAA